GAGUGGAUGGGCAGUUAAGAAAAGGGAAAAGAAUCUAUUUAAAGCAUGGAGAGUUGGCAUGGUGAAGCCGUAGGCAGAGAAAUAGGAUCUCAAGACAAUCCCAAGCCGCAAAACCGAGAGUUGAAAGAAAAGCCACCCUCCCUUCCUCUCUCAUGGCACUGAUCUUCUCUUCCUGCAGCUUCCAAUGGGAGAGCCAAGAUCUGCAUCACCACCACCACCGCCACCACCGCCACUCCCCAUCUCCCUCGUCCAACCCUCCCGCAGGAAGCGCCAGAAGCCUAAAAUGGUUCGCAUGUUCCGCUCCGUCUUCCGCUCCCUCCCCAUCAUAACCCCCUCCUGCAGGUUCCCCGCCAUCCCCGCCACCGAAGGCCACCAACACCACCACCACCAGAAGAGCCUCAACAGCGUCAACAGCGGCGCCAAGGUCUCCGGCACCCUGUUCGGGCGGCGCAAGGGCCGCGUGAGCCUCUCGGUGCAGGAGAACCCCAAGUGCCUCCCCUCCAUGGUGGUGGAGCUCUCCAUGCAGACGAGCGCGCUGCAGAAGGAGAUAGCGAACGGCAUGGUGAGGAUUGCGCUUGAGUGCGAGAAGCGAGCGGAUAAGGACAAGACGAAGAUCGCGGACGAACCCCUCUGGACCAUGUAUUGCAAUGGCAAGAAGUGCGGGUACGGCGUUAGAAGAGAGGCCACCGAGGAGGAUUUGUAUCUGAUGGAGCUUCUUAAAGCUGUCUCCAUGGGCGCCGGCAUGCUUCCUUUGAGAGCUGACGUCGUCGACGACGCCGGAGAGGUUGCCUACAUGCGAGCCCCUUACGAGCACGUUGUUGGCUCCAGGGAUUCUGAGACUCUCUACAUGUUGAGUCCAGACCAGGUCACUAGUGGCCCCGACAUUACUAUAUUUUUUGUCAGGAUUUAAUUAAGGAUAAUUAAUAUUGCUUUUCUUUUUCUUUUUCUUUUAUGAGGUGGUGGUGAUUUAAUAUCUGUACAUGUAUGAGUUAGGAUUCAUCAUUCAUGCAACCCCGGCCCGGAUCCAUGUAUUAGGCCAGUAGUCCACGUACGUUGUUAAUUAAUUCUAUGUAUGUACUCUACACUCAUGCAUUAGCAUUCAUGUUAUAUGUAUAUUCCCUCUUCCUUAA